CAGCCAGGUGAGCCCGAGAUGCUGCUGCGCUUGAAGUCGGGUCUGCCGCUGCCGCUGCUCCUGGGGCUGCUCCGUGCAUUCUCCACGGGAGUCCUAGCUGCACCCGUGCAAUCCGUGGACAUGGUGGGGCUGGACUUCUCCACCCAGCAGCCGGUGCACCUGGUGAGUCCCGCCUUCCUGUCUUUCACCAUCGACGCCAACCUGGCCACAAACCCGCGGUUCUUCACCUUCCUGGGUUCUCCAAAGCUUCGUACUUUGGCCAGAGGUUUGUCUCCUGCGUACCUGAGAUUUGGUGGCACCAAGGCAGACUUUCUCGCUUUUGAUCCCAAGAAAGAGCCAACCUUUGAGGAGAGAAGUUACUGGGAAUCUCAAAUCAACCAGGAUAUUUGCAAAUCUGGAUUCAUACCUUCUGAUGUAGAGAAGAGGUUACAGUUGGAAUGGCCGUUCCAGGAACAAUUACUACUUAAAGAAGAGUAUUACAAAAGAUUCAAGAACAGCACCUAUUCAAGAAGCUUGGUGGAUACACUGUAUACUUUUGCAAAUUGCUCAGGCCUGCACUUAAUCUUUGGUCUAAAUGCCUUACUACGCACAGCAGAUUUGCAGUGGAACAGUUCUAAUGCCCAGUUGCUCCUGGACUACUGCUCUUCCAAGAGUUAUAACAUUUCCUGGGAACUAGGCAAUGAACCUAACAGUUUCCGGAAGAAGGCUGGUAUUUUCAUCGAUGGAUUACAGUUAGGAGAAGAUUUUAUUAAGUUGCAUAAACUUCUAGGAAAAUCCACUUUCAAAAAUGCAAAACUCUAUGGUCCUGAUGUUGGUCAGCCUCGAGGAAAGAUUGUUCAGAUGCUGAGGAAUUUCCUGAAGGCUGGGGGAGAAGUGAUUGAUUCAGUUACAUGGCAUCACUAUUACUUGGAUGGACGAACUGCCACCAGAGAAGAUUUUCUAAACCCUGAUGUGUUGGACACUUUUAUUUCAGCUGUGCAAAAAAUUUUUCAGGUUGUUGAGAAGACCAGACCCCACAAGAAGGUUUGGUUAGGAGAAACAAGCUCCGCAUACGGGGGUGGAGCGCCCUUGCUGUCUGACACCUUUGCCGCUGGUUUUCUGUGGCUGGAUAAACUGGGCCUGUCAGCCAGACUGGGCAUAGAAGUGGUGAUGAGGCAAGAGUUUUUCGGAGCUGGAAAGUAUCACUUAGUGGAUGAAAACUUCGAACCUUUACCUGAUUAUUGGCUCUCUCUCCUAUUCAAGAAACUGGUGGGCACCAAUGUAUUAAUGGCAACUGUGAAAGGUCAAGCCAGAAGCAAACUUCGAGUCUACCUUCAUUGCACAAACAUCAACCACCCAAGGUAUAAAGAAGGAGAUUUAACUCUGUAUGCUUUAAACCUUCAUAAUGUCACCAAGCACUUCCAAUUACCACAUUAUUUAUUUGACAAAGAAGUGGACAGGUACGUUGUAAAACCUGCAGGACCUGAUGGAUUAUUUUCCAAAUCUGUCCAACUCAAUGGUAAAACGCUGAAGAUGGUGGAUGACCAAACCCUGCCAGCUUUGACAGAAAAACCUCUCAGCCCAGGAAGUCCUCUAAGCUUGCCAGCUUUCUCAUAUGGGUUUUUUGUAAUAAGAAAUGCCAGAGUUGCUGCUUGCCUCUGAAAAUAAAAGGCAUACACUAGACUUGAGAUUGAGUUUUUCAAGUGUAUUGAGAAGAGGAAAACAAAACUCAAGCUAUAGGAAGACAAGCAGAUACAUGACAAAUCAACUAGUGGGAGCUUUAAAGACACUGAGACACUAUCAGGCUAGAUCUCACACAAUAUAUUGUUCUAAGUAAGCCACUGCAGGUAGUUAGACAUUGUGCCAAAACUGUGCUUAUACUUUGCAUGUAAUAUUUUUAUUCAAGGUUAUGGAAAAUGUGUAUGAAUGCUUCUAGUACAGCCA